AUGACUAAAAACGCUGAAAAAGCAAUAAAAAAGACGACAAACAAAAUAGCCAAAGGUGCAGACAGCUAUGGAACAAAGCGUCUGGAUGACAACAAGCAUUGCAAGAUGGAAAACCCGCUGGAUGUCGAGUACGUCAAUGAGGUCCAUGUAUCCGACUUUAUGAAGGCCUUAGCGUAUGAUCCUGUGAAAGGGGUGGAUACAUCAAACGCAGAACACAUCUCAGCAUGGACAGACGCCCUGCCAGUGAGAAGCACUUCUAGCAGCAGCAGCAGCACUAAAGAUCAAAAGAAACCAUCCAAAAGAAAGCUGAGGGAGCAGGAAGCCGCAAAACCAAAGGGCAUAUCCCACUCAUUACUACAAUACCCCUUGAUAAUUAUCAUUGGUGUCAUCAUGUUUGUUGAAUUGGUCGCUUACAUCUCGCUACGUCAAAUUGUUCGCAUUUGGGAAAACGUAUUUAGUUGGAGAGGCAAAAAAAGGAUACUUCGCAACAAGCUGCGUGCGUCCAAGACAUAUAAAGAGUGGUGCGAAUCGGCAGACGCACUAGACAACUACAUGCACAAAGACGAGUGGAAAAAGACGAUCCCCUUUGCCUACUACGAUUAUCGCCUGCUACAAAAAGUCGUCAAACACCUUAAAAUUUAUCGUCAAGGCGAUACAGUCGAAGAUGCAACAAAGCUGAUGGACGUUUUAUAUGUCUGUCUGAAACAAAACUUUGCUGGCAUCGAGAAUGCCAGACUCUACAGUAACACAUACCUGGGCACAAAAGCGCUUAUUGAGGAAUACGUGGAGGAAGUGACUCGAUCCAUCGAAGCACUUGCAUCCAACAAGCACAUCUCCAGCGAUGAAAAGAAGCUCGCAUUCAAGUUGUACUCUAAAAAUUACGGACGCACAGCAUUUUGUUUGUCAGGUGGUGCUGGCUUUGGUUACUAUCAUCUAGGGGUGAUUCGAGCCUUGCUGGACCGUGGAUUGCUCCCUUCUAUUAUUACAGGCACAUCCGCAGGAUCUUUGAUGGGCGCUAUUGUCUGCACUCGUACGGAUGAAGAAUUGGAUCAAAUCCUGAAUCCUGAACUCUCUAGCAGAAUUCGCAUUUGUCAGGAUAGUUGGCCUACCAAAUUCUACCGUUUUGUCACACAAGGAUCUUUGUUUGAUGCAGAGCAAUGGUGUCGUGAGGCCAUGUGGUUCUGCAAAGGCUCUCUCACAUUCAAGGAAGCUUACGAAAGAACAGGCCGUAUCUUUAACGUAUCGGUCAUUCCCUACGAUCCUCAUUCACCACCCAAGCUUUUGAACUAUCUCACAGCACCCGAUUGUGUUGUUUGGAGCGCUGUGUUGGCUUCUGCUGCUAUUCCAGGUAUUUUGAAUCCAGUGGUUCUGAUGCAAAAGAAGCGAAACUCGACUCAUUUGAUACCGUACAAUUAUGGUCACAAGUUCAAGGAUGGCAGUUUGUCCACUGAUAUCCCGACACUUGCCCUGAACACGCAAUUCAAUGUCAACUACACUAUUGUCAGCCAAGUGAAUCCACACGUCCAUGUCUUUUUCUAUGCAAACCAAGGCAGCCCUGGUAGACCAGUGACUCAUUUGGAAGGCCGUGGAUGGCGUGGUGGGUUCUUGGCUUCCACCAUUGAGCAAAUGUUGAAACUGGAUCUGGCAAAGUGGCUGAAGGUUUUGCGAUCCUUGAAACUCUUACCCAAAGUGCAUGAUCAAGAUUGGAGUUCCGUUUGGUUACAAAAGUUUGAUGGCAAUGUCACUAUCCUGCCCAAAUCAAACCUCUCAGAUUGGCUUUACACAAUUGCAGACCCUGAUACUGAGAGACUCAAGAAACUGAUGAGCAUUGGUCAAAUUCGUACCUGGCCCAAAAUCUCUAUGAUAUCCAACAGAAUGCGCAUUGAAGCUUCCAUUGAGAAAGUGCGUCGGCUACUGCGUGCCAACGCCAGCAAUAAGAACAACCGUGCUGGCCGUUUCAAUAGCUAUUCCGAUGUUGAAACUGAGAAAUUAUCUCAGAGCAUGGAGGCACAUGAUGCUAUGAAUCAUGCAAACAAUAGUGAUGCCGGUAGUGGCGAUGAGUUGGUCUUCCUCAGCCGUCGUCGCGUCAGCAUGCCUGAUGGAUCUUUCCAGCAUUUGCAAGACAAAGACUUCUUCAAGGAGCAAAAUAGACGACGCAAGUUCAUGGCCCAGUUCUUGGAUUCGCCCAAGGAAGGAAACAAUAGCACUCAAUCGUCUGUUUUGUUUGAUUCUCAUUCGGACGAUUCUGAUUCUCAUUCACUUUUCCCAAGCUCUCCUGAAGACUAUUCACAGCAUCACUAA